GCGAGCAUGGCCCGUACCAAGCAGACGGCUCGUAAAUCCACCGGUGGCAAAGCGCCCCGCAAGCAGCUCGCCACUAAAGCUGCCCGGAAAAGCGCCCCCGCCACGGGCGGGGUGAAGAAGCCCCAUCGCUACCGCCCCGGCACCGUGGCCCUGCGGGAAAUCCGCCGCUACCAGAAAUCCACCGAGCUGCUGAUCCGCAAGCUGCCCUUCCAGCGCCUGGUGCGGGAGAUCGCCCAGGACUUCAAGACGGACCUGCGCUUCCAGAGCUCGGCCGUCAUGGCCUUGCAGGAGGCGAGCGAGGCUUAUCUGGUGGGGCUCUUCGAGGACACCAACCUAGCAGAAAUGUCCGGUCGGGGUAAGGGUGGAAAGGGCCUGGGUAAGGGAGGUGCUAAGAGGCACCGUAAAGUCUUAAGAGACAAUAUCCAGGGUAUCACUAAACCAGCGAUCCGCCGCCUGGCUCGCCGCGGCGGGGUGAAGCGCAUCUCGGGGCUGAUCUACGAGGAGACCCGCGGGGUGCUGAAGGUUUUCCUGGAGAACGUGAUCCGCGACGCGGUGACUUACACCGAGCACGCCAAGCGGAAGACGGUAACGGCCAUGGAUGUGGUGUACGCCCUAAAGCGUCAAGGGCGCACCCUGUACGGGUUCGGGGGUUAAACUGCCAGCCCAGGAACCGGUACGGCUAUUGCAAUCCAAAGGUCCUUUUAAGGGCCACCCA